AUGGAAAAAAGUGAAAAGUUAUUAUUUCCUUUGUGUUAUAAAUGUGCUGUAGACCAAAAUGAAGAGGAAGAAAUAGAUGAAAUGGUUUUGCUGGAUCUUACUGAAACUAUGGUUGAACAGUUAUUCCCCAAAAUGGGCCAGGGUUCUAAGUUUUUAAGACAUUUGAAGGAAUUAAAAAUAGAAAAAAAUUUAUCUGGGAAAAACUCACCAGUUAUAACUCAACAUCCGUUAAUUGAUUGGACUAACAUAAGUAUUGAACUAUCAGAUGAAAUAGAAUAUAUUACUGAUAACGAUACUGCGAACGAUACUGUAAAUUGUACAGUGUAA